CAAGGAUGUGCAAGCGCAAGAUUACGAUUUUAGGCAUUUCGAUCAGUUAAUUGUAACGUUAGGAAAGACCACAUAGCUUAUGGCCCUGAAAUGCGCUGCUUCCAUCCCAAGUACCCUACAUUCUCGCGCAAUUUACGAUCGCGCGUACUGCCAGCAACAUUAAAACGGACAGUAUUACAGCAUUUUACAACUGCAGGAGCAGCGCCUCGACAGCGCCCCACGGCGACCACUCCAUGGUCGACCGCAUCGGCUCUGGCGGAAGCUGAGCGACUUUUACAAGAACAGAUCCAGCUACUUGAGGCUGAGCGUGAAGAAUCUAUAUCCAUAGCUAGAACAUGUGCCUCACGUAACCACCGUCUUCUAGCUCGACUGGAGAACCUGAACAACUACAGCCGCGCAACGAAGAACCGCACACGCAGCAGCGGCAGCAGCGGCAACAGCAGCACCACAAGCAGCAGCGGGCUCGGUCCUCCUCACGACUUGCUGCCCGGGGAUGAAGCGCAGGCUCGUCGGCUGGUGUCCCGCGCGCUUGACCGCAACCUGUCCCGCGGCCGCAACAACCUGGCUCUGGCGGAGAAGCUGCAGUGCUACAUAGGCUUGUUGCGAGAGGAGCUCAUGCGUGUACGGCAAGGUGACGUACGGCUGGCGGGUGCGGUACUGCAGCAGCACCGUGCUAGGGACACGAGCGGCGCGGGGGUGGCCGGGGGGGCGGCGGCGGGAGCAGCGGUGUCGGAGUCUUCGGCAGCGGCAGCGGCAAACGCGACAGCGGCACAUGCAACGGCGGCGGCGGCUAAGGUGGUGGCUCCUGCCUCCCCAGCCAAGGCUGAGGGCCCUCGUCCAGCUCCCGCAGGUCGUCAAGCUGGGUCAGCUGGGCCCGGAACUCCUGUGAGUGGUGGUGGCGGCAGCAGUGGUGGCGGCAGCAGUGGUGGCGGCAGGGGCUCUGUGAGUGGUGGUGCUGUGAGUGUCCAUUCUGACGCACAUGGUGGUGUGGCGGCAGCGGCUGCGGUGACGGCUACCCCGGCUGCUGUAGCAGCGGCAGCGGCAGGCAGUGGACAGGGCACAUCAGCCGCAGGCAGUGGACAGGGCACAGCAGCGGCAGGCAGUGGACAGGGCACAGCAGCGGCAGGCAGUGGACAGGGCACAGCAGCGGCAGGCAGUGGACAGGGCACAGCAGCGGCAGGCAGUGGACAGGGCACAGCAGCGGCAGGCAGUGGACAGGGCACAGCAGCGGCAGGCAGUGGACAGGGCACAGCAGCCGCAGGCAGUGGACAGGGCACAUCAGCCGCAGGCAGUGGACAGGGCACAGCAGCGGCAGGCAGUGGACAGGGCACAGCAGCGGCAGGCAGUGGACAGGGCACAGCAGCGGCAGGCAGUGGACAGGGCACAGCAGCGGCAGGCAGUGGACAGGGCCCAGCAGCGGCAGGCAGUGGACAGGGCCCAGCAGCGGCAGGCAGUGGACAGGGCCCAGCAGCGGCAGGCAGUGGACAGGGCCCAGCUGCGGCAGGCAGUGGACAGGGCACAGCAGCGGCAGGCAGUGGACAGGGCCCAGCAGCGGCAGGCAGUGGACAGGGCCCAGCAGCGGCAGGCAGUGGACAGGGCCCAGCUGCGGCAGGCAGUGGACAGGGCACAGCAGCGGCAGGCAGUGGACAGGGCACAGCAGCGGCAGGCAGUGGACAGGGCACAGCAGCGGCAGGCAGUGGACAGGGCACAGCAGCGGCAGGCAGUGGACAGGGCACAGCAGCGGCAGGCAGUGGACAGGGCCCAGCAGCCGCGGCGGUGCCUGGCAGCCGCAAGGGGCAGCCGGCGGAGGGUCGGGAGGGGCAGCCGGCGGCAGCAGCGGCAGGGGGCGACGAGGGCGCCAGGGAGGGCGGGUCGGCAGCCGCAGGUGCAGGCGGCGACCCCGACGCCGGGGGGGGUCUGGGUCGCAUGUUCAGUCGCACGCCGCUGCUGACACUGCCCGGGGACCAAUCGGCGGCGACGGCUGCUGCUGCUGCUGCUGCUGAUAGCAGUGUUGGCACUGGCACUGAAGACGGCAGCAGGAACAACAGCAACAACAAGAACAACAACAGCGCCGCCAGCAGCACUGCCACGCCGCCCCUCCUCCCCUCGUCCAGCAGUACGGUACCCGGCUCCCCAGCAACGGGGAAAGCCCCUACAGCUGCCGUACCUCCACCCCCGCCGCAACCAUCAACACAACAACAGCCAGUACAACCGCAACCGCCUUUGGCUCCCUCACCCCUGCCACCCCAGUCUUCCUCCAGUAGCGAAGCACAAUGUCCGCCGCGGGGCAUCAACCGGGAUCUGGAUCCGGGUUUGGAUUCGGGUGUGUUGGAUCCGGCCCAAGCAAUGGAUCUGGAGGCGGCUCGGCGGUUAUCUCGCGCUGCGGAGGAGGCCCGUACGGCGCUCAUGGGCCUGAUCAGCCCCGAGGGAGGGGUGCUGCCGGGGCCGCUGGAGGCGCCCAGCGGGCAGAGAGGGCUGGCAGGGAGGGCGAGGGAGGGCGAGGACGGCGGCGGUGCCGGUAGCAGCGAUGAAGGAAGGAAGGGAUCGGCGGCAGUGGGACCAGCGGUGGCGGCGGCGGCGGCGACAGCGGAGACGGCGUUUGAGCUGUCGGCGUUUACUUAUUCGCUGGCGGGAGAUGCCGUACCGGACAGUACGACCAGGGUUCGGAGGCCUAGGGUCGUACAGCCGUCCGGGGCCGCAGCGGCGGCGGCAGGGAACCCGACAGGGCUUGGGUCGCAGCCUGGGGUAGGGACUGCUGCCGCUUCUAAGAGCCAUUCUAAGACGAGGGCGGAGGGUACGGAAACGGGAGGUACGACAGCAGCAGGGGAUGCAAGCGAUGCCGCAGUCUUGGCGGGAAUGAUGGCUGGAUUGGUUUCGGAGCUUCGUAGCCGGGGUUACGUGGGGUGUGAUGAGCGGUUAGAGAUGGCUGUACGGCAGAUACGGCAAUGCCUGGCUGCGGCGCGUGCUGGGCAAGAUUGUGGGAGAACACGGUGAAGCACCCACAUGGGUUUACGAGCGGGCAUGAUGGCGUACCAUUAUGUGCGCACGCUGUACAGUACGGUAAAAUGGUAUAGUAUGCGAUUGACGUGCGAUUGACCCCUAGGCCCAGUACAUGGUCGACUAACGCUGCAAGUGUAUGUGUAAGAAGCAUCGCAGAUGCAUCCAUAGAACUGCCUAGUAGAACCUCCUGCAAUUGCACGGCAUAACACAACAGCGUUCAACAGCGGCGGGGGCAGCACUCGCUCGGCGGACGCGUGGAUGGGAGGAGGUUGGCGUGUGCCCGGCAUGCAAGCACUCUUCGCUAGCGGCAGUGUCCACUUGGAGCGUUUUCAUAUUGCCAAGGCAUAUACUUGUAUUCUUCAGCCUUCAGUGCUGUCGCUGUUGUGUCAGCCGAAGACGUGGGCACCGUUACGCAAGACAUGACCAAGAUUACCAGAAAGUGCGCCAGCUGCGUUUCCGGCACCAGUUAUCUAACAUAAAAGAUGCUUCAUUCUAAUCCAGCGUAAUUAUGGCGGAAUACUUCUGACCAUUUCGGAGAUGUUUGCCGGCCGAUGUACCGCGUGAUCGAGAUGCGAGGUCUUGCAAAGCCCUACUGUAGGACCCAGAAGCAAAGCUGUUGCUAAUUUGCAGUUAGUUAUUUAACUGUGUAUUAAGGACUUACGUUAACGAGGGCAAGUCAAGCAUACAGAUAUACUCGGAGGGUUCGGUUGUUGGCUUGCCGACACGCAGUGCUUAACUCAACAAGACGUGCGCAAAAUUUCUCAAAUUCUGUUGCCUAAGUCUCGAACAUGUUGUCAUUCCUGCUGGGCACGGCAGUCAUCGUAGCGCCUGCGCAAUUUGGGCUUCCAGCGGGUCUCGCGGUCGCGGGCAUCAAGGCCGCUGUCGGCGCCGCUCGCCGCAGGAGAGAAGAGAGGGCUGCUCGGCUCGAAUCUGACAGCAAUGCGAAACUUGAAGCCAAGUUUGAGGCGCUCUUGGCAGAGGAUGCGAUCGAGCCGGUGGAGCUCCGAUGGAGCAACCUCAGCUGCAACCUCAAGCUCAAGGACGGAAGCCUGAAGCCCAUCCUGCGUGGGGUAUCUGGUGUAGCUCGGCCGGGCAGACUGGUGGGCCUUAUGGGCCCCAGCGGCAGCGGCAAGACCAGCCUCCUCACCGCACUGGCCGGACGGGUGCCCGCCAAGUCGCGGUUGGAGCUGCGAGGCGAGCUAACGGUCAACGGUGCGGCGGUUGGCGAGUCGGAUCACCGGCAGGCGUUCGUACAGCAGGAGGACUUGUUCUACUCCAUGCUGAGUGUGGAGGAGACCCUGUCCCUGGCCUCCGAGCUGCGCCUGCCCGCGCACAUGUCGCCCGCCGCCCGGGCCGCCUACGUACGGCAGCUGGUGGGGGUGCUGGGUCUGGCCAAGGCGGCAGACACCCGAGUGGGGGACGCCAAGACACGCGGGCUGAGCGGAGGUGAGAAGAAGCGGCUGAGCAUCGGCUGCGAGCUGGUGGGCUCGCCUUCGCUCAUCUUCUGCGACGAGCCCACCACCGGACUCGACUCCUUCCAGGCGGAGAAGGUCAUGUCCACCUUGGCCUCCCUGGCCCGCUCCGGACACACCGUGGUGGCCUCCAUCCACCAGCCGCGAUCCUCCAUCUUCGCGCUGUUCGACGACCUGGUGCUGCUGGCGGAGGGGCGGGCGCUGUACUCGGGGCCGGCAGCGGAGGCUCUCCCCCACUUCGCCUCCCUGGGCCACCACUGCCCCGAGCACUUCAACCCCGCGGAGUUCCUGGCGGACCUCAUCUCAGUGGACUAUGCCAGCCCCGAGGCGGAGGCGGAGAGCAGGGCCCGGCUGGAGCGGCUAGCAGCGGCCUGGCAGCAAGUGGAGCAGCAGCAGCAGCAGGCGGCUGGCAGCAGCAGCAGCAGCAACGGUAACAACAACGGUCGCAGCAACGGCGCCAAGAGCGGCUCCCCGGACAAGGGCGGCAAGGGGCGGUUGUCGCGCCACGUCAGCAGCGACCUGGUGAUGCGGCGGGCGGCGCUGCUGCCUCGGGCGGGUCCGCUGAGGCAGCUGCGGCUGCUGCUGCAGCGCUCGUGGAGGCAGGUGGUGCGCGACCGGCCCACCAACGUGGCUCGCGCCAUGUCCAACCUCUCCUCCGCCCUGGUGUUCGGAGCCAUCUUCUUCCGCAUGCGGCGGGGGCAGUCGUCCAUCCAGGACCGCAUGGGGCUGCUGCAGGUUGCCGCCAUCAACACCGCUAUGUCUUCCCUGGUGAAGACCCUCAACAUAUUCCCGCGCGAGAGGACCAUCGUGGCUCGUGAGCGGGCGCAGCACUCGUACGGCAUCCUGCCCUACCUCUCCGCCAAGCUAGCGGCGGAACUGCCCGCGCGCUGUUCCCGCUGCUGUUCGGCUCCAUCGUCUACCCCGCGUGCGGCCUUCACCCCUCGCUCACCUGCUUCGCCAAGUUCCUGGGUAUCAUCACGCUGGAGAGCUUCGCAGCGCAGGCGCUGGGUCUGGCAGUGGGUUCCAUCGCGCCCACCACCGAGGCCGCCAUGGCCAUCGGGCCCGCGGUGAUGCUGGUGUGGAUCGUGUUCGGAGGCUACUACGUGAAUGCGGCCAACGUCCCCGCCGUGUUCAAGUGGCUCCCACGCGCCUCCCUCAUCAAGCAGUCCUUCGAGGCACUGUGUGUGAACGAGUUCCCCGGACUCACCUUCGAGGCGGACGCCAACGGGGGCGGCAUGCGGGACGGACAGCAGGUGCUGCAGUGGCUGUCCUUCGACAAGAGCUCGGUGGCCGCCCGCUGCGCCGCGCAGGGCCGCAUUGUGAUGUUCUACUACUGGGCUACAUACAGCAUCCUGAGGGCCUCGCAGCCGCGGUACAUGCAGGUACGAGAGGUGGGGGAGCAG